UCCUAGUCAGGGCAACCGUAUACUUUACGGUGCUGUUUCUUACCCAAGUUUUAUAAAAAAAUAUAGAAAAUGGUUAAAUUAUUAGCUGUUAUUUUGGCUGUAGCCGUGUUUGGUGUUGUUUUAAGCAAACCUUUGGAAGAUACAAAGGAUUCGGAACAAAAGGUACACCGGCUGUGGAAAAGAUACAUCAACCAGGCAUUAACGUCAAGCUUCAACAGCAACGACCUUUCCAGGAUUAGAACUCGGAGAAACGCCGCGGAGGAUUGCGAGAAGUUGGAACUGUGCAGGCUGCACGCUAGAUCUUCUAGAAACUUCUUAUCGGCGUUCGAGCUUUAUUUCGUCAACAAAGAGAACGCCCGGCUAUGGGACCACCAGACACACACGGUCGCAGACUGUGACCAGCGGUUCGCUCAUUGCUUCGGUGGUGCGCAGACACAGCCGCAACAACAGAGGCAGUUCAGGGACAACAGGCUUGACUAUGAUAACUCUAUUAGAGAGUUUAGUAGUGAUGAUUAUUAAUGGUCCCAACUAUACUCUAUCUUUAGGUGUUUAAAUAAAAGUAAACAAACAAUUUGUACAUCUUCGGCUAGUUGUAACAAUGGUUAACCAACCAAAUACAAAACCGCCUGGAUCGGUCACUGAACGACGUGUCUUUAACCUACAAAAUUUGAUCAUGUAAUGUUUUCAUCUACCCUCAACUGGCUUUAGGAGCUAUUUGAGGGUAAAUUUUGUUAACUUUAAUUUAAAUACCUUAAAAUACAGACUUAGGGUCGGUUGCACCAAACCGUUCGUAUCGUUAAAGAGUUCGCUAAAGUUUUAUGUAUGGAAAGUUUCAUAGUAAAGCAUCGGGGCGCGACGGCUGACGUUGAUCAGUCUGUCAAAUGUGGUUGGUGCA